AUGAACGACUCAUACCUGCAGUUUCUUGAAAGGCAGAAACCUGCAAACAGCACAUCUUUGCCUCCUAAUGGCAGCACCGUUGAUCCUCCAGCAGGGGCACUGUGCGAGCAGGUUCAAAUCCAGGCAGAGGUUUUUCUCACCUUGGGUAUUGUGAGUCUUCUGGAGAACAUCCUUGUCAUCUUGGCCGUGGUCAAGAACAAGAACCUUCACUCUCCGAUGUAUUUUUUCCUGUGCAGCCUGGCUGCCGCGGACAUGUUGGUGAGUGUUUCGAACUCUUUGGAGACCAUUGUCAUUGCCAUACUAAGCAGUCGCCUUUUGGUGGCCAGUGACCAUUUUGUGCGUUUGAUGGACAAUGUGUUUGAUUCAAUGAUCUGUAUUUCUCUCGUGGCAUCAAUCUGCAACCUCUUGGCGAUUGCCAUCGACCGCUACGUCACGAUUUUCUACGCCUUGCGCUACCACAGCAUAGUUACCGUACGCAGAGCGCUGGUGGCCAUCGCUGCGAUCUGGUUGGUGUGUGUGGUUUGUGGGAUCGUCUUCAUAGUGUACUCCGAGAGCAAGACCGUGAUUGUUUGUCUGAUCACAAUGUUCUUUGCCAUGCUGGUGCUCAUGGCCACUCUCUACGUACACAUGUUUCUUCUCGCCAGACUUCACGUCCAGAGAAUCGCAGCAUUACCCCCAGCGGCUGCCGGUAACCCAGCCCCACGUCAACGCAGCUGUAUGAAGGGAGCCGUGACCAUCUCCAUCCUCCUCGGGGUGUUUGUGUGCUGCUGGGCACCAUUUUUCCUCCACCUCAUUCUGCUGGUGUCCUGUCCACACCAUCCGCUCUGCCUCUGCUACAUGUCUCACUUCACCACGUACCUGGUCCUCAUUAUGUGCAACUCUGUGAUUGACCCCCUCAUCUACGCCUGCCGCAGUCUGGAAAUGAGGAAGACCUUUAAGGAGAUACUGUGCUGUUUUGGCUGUCAGCCUCCACUUUAG